GAUCUACAGUGAUAUUAGUUCUAGGCCUUACAGUUCUAUGUUUUUAAUUCGGCGUUGUGUUACUCGUUCACUAACUCCGCUCGUGUGACUCAUUGUCAUCAUUCAAGUUUAUUGUUCAGCAGACUCACCCAUCUUAAUUACAAAAACCCAAAAAACAAAAACAAAAACCCAACCCCAACAAACCCAGUCUUCCUCAUGAACACAACAUUGCAUAUUCAUUACAGCUAUUUUAUUUUGAUUGACAAUCGCCCCUUUGAAAGAUGUCUAAGAUCAACCAACCCACAAAUCAAAAGCGCCUCACUAACGUUGCCAUCGUGAGGCUGAAGAAGGGAGGCAAGCGGUUUGAAAUUGCCUGCUACCCUAACAAAGUUACGUCUUGGAGAAAUAAAAUUGAAACAGAUAUUGAUGAAGUGUUACAGACACAGAAAGUCUUCACCAAUGUUUCCAAAGGAGAAUUUGCGAAGAUGGCUGAUCUCAAGAAAGUAUUUGACAUGGACAGUGAAGCUGAAAUUUGUAAACUGAUUCUCAGCAAAGGGGAGUUGCAAGUGUCUGAGAAAGAACGCAGUGCUCAGCUGGAUGAAAUGUUCCGAGACAUUGCAACCAUCGUGGCAGAUAAAUGUGUCCACCCUGAAACGAAAAGGCCUUACCCUGUCACGAUGAUAGAAAAGUCUAUGAAAUCCAUGCACUUCUCUGUAAAACCAUCCAAGAAUACAAAGCAACAAGCGCUGGAAGUGAUCAAGCAACUGAAGGAGACUGAAACGUUAGAGAUCCAGAGGGCUCACAUGAAGCUGAGGGUUGUUGUUCCAGCAAAAGAGGGCAAGCGAGUCAGGGAGAGUAUUCGAAAACUAGCCCUGGAAGUGGAAGUGGACAAUUUUAAUGAUGAAUUGGAGAUGGUAAUUCUUGUUGACCCAGGCUGUUACAGAGAGGUCAACGACCUGGUCAGCACUGAGACAAAGGGCAAAGGUCAAGUGGACAUGAUGAGCUUAAAGGAAGUGGAGGAAGGAGAGGAGAAGUUGUAGCAGGAGAGAGCACAGAGUUUUUCUCCUCACGUUUUUGUUACCUUUCUUAAAUUGAAUCAUGAGUAGUUGUUGGGUCUUUUCUGUGCAGUUCAUAUUGUUAUAUGGCUGUGUGUGCCCGAUCUACAGACCUGUAUCUUUCUUCCUUGCUUUCCCCUGUUACAUCUCAGGGGUAGUCAGCUGCUGGUUCUUCAACCUGGGGUGCUAUUGAUUUUUACAAAUGUGACCAUUUUUCCUACUUCAUAGGGGCCUCUUGUCCUCAGGCAGCGAACAUUUCACUUUCGAAGGUACUCUGUUUUUAUGCUGACUAGAGUAUUUUUAGUUUUGGUAGGCAAUAGUUUUGGAUUUCAUUAGGUGGUAGCUGAAGCCUACUCUUAUCGAUUUAAGGACCACCGAGGGAUCUUUAACGUGCUCAACUCGCACAUGGAACCUCUUAGAUUUUUCGCCCUUAUCCGAGAAGGCUGGGCGUUUAAUCUUACCUACGCUUAGAGCAAGGGUAUGGCUAAAAGACAGCAGUAAGGAGCCAGAAGUAGCAGUAGAAAGAGUCAGGAGAAAAGAAGAGGCUGGGAUGGGGGGAGAGAGUGGAGAUAAAAGCAGAUGACAGAACAGGACUAGAGAAUAGGAAAGGAUGUGAAAGAAUAUUUUAGAGAAGAAAAUAUUUUCGUCGCUAUCAGGUUUCGAACUGGGACCCUUUGAAUGCAAAGCGAACACAGUACCUCUGGACCUUGAAAUUCCCAUAGACCUGUUUCUGUUAUAAAGUCUAUUCUCAUAAUGAAUUUUGGUGUGCUAUCUCUAGAAAUUGCAAAAGUUGGGUUGCGUGUGAUAUCUUCAGAAUAUUUUUUGUUUUGUCUUCUUGAACUGACGUUUUAUACUACAAAAGCCUCCACUUUUGGUUGUCUUCCUUUGCCUGGUCAGGACACGUACCCAGUACUUUUCAGAGAUGUGAGUGGUGGGAUUUCUGCUACUGACAAUACUAUUGGUAGGUGAACAGAUGUCCUGACCACGCAUUGUGUUUGGUUAUUAUUAGGCUCAAAGUUUACUAGUGAUGCUAUGUUGGAUGCUCCAAGAUACAGCAUAAUUUGUACAAGUUGAAAGUUUGCCUCCUGGAAAGAGUUGCACAUAUUUGUACAUUUUUUAUAUAUAUGACUUGUACCAGAUCUGCAUUUGCUUCAUUCUAUCUCUUUUCUUAAAUUCAUAGUAAAGGGUUUAAAUUGAGAAAGUGAGAUGCUGGGUAUUUCUGUACCGAACUCAGUGCACGAGAAAUAUGCCAGGUCGUACAUAAGACAGCGGUGUUCAUGAAGGUGUUAAUUUUGUCAUUGUAAUCUGCUUUCCUAUUUUUCAAUAGAAGUCAUUUUCAAUGAAUGUUAAUGGCAUUUCUUUAUUAUGAUUUCCUGUGAACUUAGCUCUCUUUUCCCUUUUGCAGUUGCAUUUAUUUUGUUCAAGAAAACUUGCUUAAGAACUUAAGGGGAUCUUAGAAUUCCUGAAAAUAUCUGCCCAAAUUGACCCUUACAAACUGGGUUGGAGCGGGCCACUUUCUAAGUGAUCUAAAUUGUGAAUGGUGAUGUUAAGUUUUUCUUAGUGAACACAACGGGUGAUAAAUGUGUUCGACACAUCCAUAAUUUGGGUAAACUGUAUAUAUAAAGAAAUAUUAAAGAGAUAUCAGCCGGGGAACAGCAAAUUGUAGCCGUGAUUUUUGUUUUUCACGUUCAUGUUAUCUGUGCCCGACUACUUGUAUUUUUGUUUGGGAAGUCUAUCGCAAGAAUGUUUCGUUACAUUCUGAGUUGGUUUCAAGCUUGAUUUUAUCGGCUUAGAGCAGAAAUUUUUUAUAGAGUAGAGUCGGGGUCAUCAUUGUUGACACAGGAACAUGAAAUGGUGGGCUGGGAUCAUUGUGAUGCGAGAAGACGUGGGGGAGUGGAAAGGGGGGAGGGGGGGGUUAUACUUUACUUUUGCCCCAACUGUGGCCAUUAAUGAGCCCUAUCCCUCUUUCAAGCCAUAGUUGUAUGUUUAGAGCUUGUUCUGAUAAACUAUGACAAUUGGCAUGUGAUAGGUUAUUCGGAAUGCUUUAUUUUUAAAAGUCAAUAUAAUACCAAUUUCCUGUCAUGCCUAAAGCACCAGACAGCAGCUGACUAUGACCACUGUGUUGCUACACUCAUCAAGACCAUGUUCCUUCUAAUGUUUUCUUGUUUUGCUUAUUAACCCUGUUUUUUUAUGCCAUUCAUUUGGUUCUGUUGCUUUGUAGUCUAUCAACUGUGAUGUGUGAGUGGAUGACGGGUGCUCUGGUGUGAUUUUCUUUUUCUUUCCUAUCAAACGUCUGUCGUUCUUAUCUGUCCUUGUUUUUGUAGAGUUUGUUACUCUGUGGCACUUUUAAGUUAUUUAACCUAAUUGUGUUGCAUGUGUCAUAAAACACUUAAUGAAACUGAAACCAAAAAAACAAAACAAUGGUGAGGUGUGUCUAGUGUAUGUAUGUUGUUUCAUAGUAAGCAUGCUUGAUAUGACAAGAAGCAGUUUUCUAUUCUUUUUUUUUCUUCAUUCUAAUUCUUGUCACGUAAAGAGAAUACCGCUACUCUCUUGGAAACACUGUAUUUCUUUCUUUGUUUCAAUUGCAAAAUCAAAGCUUCUUGUACUUGGGCAUUGUGGUAUCUGAAAAUGAGAUUGCAAUAAAUAUAACAAUAUCUUC